AUGGACCGUAGAGGAAGAGGCUCGAACCAGAAGCGCGGUGGUCCCAGAAGCGGCCGUCGCGAUGCGCCGUACAACGAUUCCCCCAGAUCGGCCGCCCAGUCCGCGCCGGCGCCCGCUGCCCCAGCGCCUCAGAGCACUGCGCCGCCCCUUACCGAGCCCGUCCCUGAGGACACGCCCAGGUUCGCCGAUAUGGUUGGCGUCAACCCGGCCCUGAUCCAGGCCAUCACCCAGGAUCUCAAGUUCGACCACAUGAUGCCCGUCCAGGCCGCCACUCUGACCGAGCUUCUCCCCCCCAAGCGCGGCGACUGCCUCGUCCAGGCCAAGACCGGUACCGGCAAGACCAUUGCCUUCCUCCUCCCUGCCAUCCAGACCCUCAUCACCAACAACCGUGGCCGCGGCGCCGGAAUCUCUCUCCUCGUCAUCUCCCCCACCCGCGAGCUGGCCAUGCAAAUCGCCAAGGAGGCCCAGGCUCUGCUGCAGCGUCUUCAGCAGUACCGCGUCUGCAUCGCCAUCGGAGGCACCAACAAGGACCGCGAGGAGAAGCAGAUCCUCAACGGCUGCGACAUCCUCAUUGCCACCCCCGGACGUCUCAUCGACCACCUGUCGAACGAGUACAUCAAGGAGUCUUUCCGUCACCUCGACACCCUGGUUCUCGACGAGGCCGACCGCCUCCUCGACAUGGGCUUCAUGCCUGCUCUCAAGGACAUCGUCCGCGCCCUCCCCGAUAAGGCCCAGACCAACCGCCAAGGCAUGCUCUUCUCCGCCACCAUCGCCCCUCACGUCGAGCAGGUCGCCGGCCUCGUCCUCUCCAAGGGUUACAAGUUCAUCUCCACCAUCCCCGCCGGCGAGGCCAACACCCACGAGCGCGUUCCCCAGCACCUCAUCAAGGUGCCCACCUUCGCUGCCGUCGCCCCCGCCAUGGUUGGCGCCAUCCGCGAGGAGGCCGCCCACGUCGGCCCUGAGACCUUCAAGGCCAUCAUCUUCGCCCCGACGGCUGCCCUUGCCGACUUCUACGGCGACGUCCUCGCCAAUGUCCCCGGCAUGCCUCCCACGGCCGUCCUGCACUCGCGCAUCUCCCAGAGCAAGCGCACCAAGACGACCAACGACUACCGCGAUUCCAAGUCUGGCAUUAUCGUCGCCACGGACGUCAUCGCCCGCGGCAUGGACUUCCCCGGCGUCACCUCCGUCUUCCAGGUUGGCAUCCCCGCCGACAAGGAGUCGUACAUUCACCGCCUCGGCCGUACCGCCCGCGCUGGCGCCGAGGGUCGCGGCAUCUUCAUCGUCGCCGAGAUCGAAGGCUUCUUCCCCCAGUGGACUCUCAAGGAGAUCUCUUUCGAGACCCGGCGCGCCGACCUCUCGUCGGCCGAGCAGGUUUACGAGAUCGCCGAGCAGCGCAUCGACGAGGCCCAGAAGGCCAAGAUCUACCAGGCCUGGCUGGGUUACUACAAGAACUGGAUGAAGUCCCUCAAGUGGGACAAGGAGCAGCUCGUCGCCGAGGGCAACAUCUUUGCCCGCGACGCCCUCGCGGCGCCCGAGACUCCCGCCAUCCAGAAGAGCACCAUUGGCAAGAUGGGCCUCCGCGGCACCAGAGGUCUUGUCGUCAUCCCGGAUGCGCCCAAGGGCCGCCACGGACACCGCGGCGGCGGUGGCGGUGGUGGAGAGGGUCGCAGCGCUGGUUCCGGCGGUCGUGGAGGUGGCGGCGGCGGCCGAGGAAGACGUGGCGGACGGUUCUAG